AUGAGCAGUAGAGGUCUGAACCGACGGGGUCACCUCUCGUCGAAAGUGCCCAAUGUGAAGCUCCGGCCGUCGAGCUCGGCCUUGCCCAGUAAGGUACACGAGGCGGAGCCGCGCAAUGCGAUGGACCAGGAGCUGCAACGGCGUGCAUGGGAGGCCGGUGAUGACGAGGACGUCUCGUCGGCCGCUCUGCGCUCCACUCGGAAGCCUUGGGAAAGGGUCAUAAUCACAUUCACAGGUGUCGACGACAAGCCCCACCUGACUGAGCUCGCUAGGAACCUUGGCGCAACCAUCACCCCGGCCCUGACGAAGGAGACUACUCACGUCGUUGCCAACCAGUUUGGCUCAGCGAAGUACCUCUACGCGGUAGAACACAGAAUACCGGUCAUGCGCCCCGAGUGGAUUUCAGAGACGCAUGCUACGUGGAAAGACGCUGGAGAGGUGGAUAUGAUCAGCAGUAUGGAGGGUCGGAAGCUGCUACCGUUCACAGGCUUGACGAUCUCCAUUUCUGGGGUAGAGCCUAUGGAUCGCCGAAAGCAGGUCAUCGCCCAGAUCACCCUCAACGGCGGCACAUACGCAAAAGACCUCGACAAGACCUCCACCCACCUCGUCACCGUCCAACCCACCAACAUACGCAAACCAUCAGAGAAAGUCAAAUGGGCGGUUGGGCAAUUGAAGGAACGCGAGUCCCGUCAGCGAGCUGGCAAGUCGGUCGAUGAUGAGGACAUGAAGAUUGUGUAUGAGGACUGGAUUUGGGAUUGCGUGGGGUAUGAGGGGAGAUGGAAGGAGGACUGGUAUGAUGCGCAGAAAGUCCGGAGGACAUCGAGGACGAAGUAUGACGAGGUGAUGAGCGGAGAAGCCAAGCAGCGGAUGCUCCAAGCGUUCGCUCGCAUCGACGCAGUCAUCCAGGAAGAACCGGCCGUCCUUAAAAAGCGGAAACGAGACAACAUGGACCAUCUCGUUGGCGAUAUCAUCUCUACUUCGACUGGCUCGUCCUCGAAGCCGGUCAGAGCGUCAAAUCAGCUCAAGUUCGCUCCGACCGGGAUGGACUUCGAUACGGAAGACGCCGAGGGUACUGUCGUGGCCGAGCCAAGUCGUCGACCCAUUCUCGAUCCAACAGACCGCCCGGGUCCCAUGCGCAAAACCUCCAUCCUCCACUCAUCCCGUACCGGCUCAUUUGCCACUCCCUCCGCCGGACCCUCCAAGCUCUCCCGCGAGGUCUUUGCCGAAAGUCCCAGCUCAGCGAGUCUACCAGCCACCCUGCCUCCUUCACGCUCAGGCGGACCGUCGCGGUUGGGGCGGACACGUCUCUUUGCCGGGAUCGGCAAGUUUGUUCUGCAUAUCGAGGAAGAUGUUGCUAUUAUGCAGCGCGAGAUGGCGCGGCAUAGCGCCACGGUUGUGUCCAUGGAGGAUUGGAAGAACGGCGAGAAGGUAGACUACGUUAUUGUACGACUAUACUCCCUCAGCCCGCCGGACCUUUCUUUUAUUCCCGAGGAUGAGCGCCCACAGGUCGUGACUGAAUGCUGGGUCGAGGCGUGCGCCUCCGCACAACGCAUCAUCCCCCUCGACUCGCAUGUCUGCUUUACGCCCCUAAAGGGAGACUUUCCUAUACCUGGGCUUGGGGAAACGGACGUGCACGUCGCGGGUUUCAGCGGCCCUGAUCGGGUGUAUCUCAAGAGGCUGGCGAGGGUAGUCGGCCUCAACGUGUCGGAUAAGCUAGGCCGACACACCACACACCUCAUCUCCCCAGAGCCAUCCGGUCAGAAAUACGAAAAGGCGACGGACUGGGGCGUACCGGUCGUACACGACAACUGGCUGCUCGCGAUGGUGCGGACGUCGGCUCUGCACGAUUACGAGCCGUACCGUCUUGUUGCCGGGCAGCCUGUUCCGGUAUCAGAGAGGGAGACAUUGGAGUGGUUGUUUGUCAAAGAGACAAGUGCGUCGACGGCGGUCAAUCGCGCAGCCAGAGAAGGGACGGAGGGGGAUGUCACGAAGGAGACCAGCCCUGUAGCCGGCGGAGGGGAUUUCGAGAUGGGCUCGUCCGCGCCUGUUGAGCCUCCCAGAUCAUCUCGCCUAGAAGUGAACGACAUGCUCGAGACUCCAGCGGCGGUUGCUGAUUCGCCCAACCCUUCGGCCUUCCGAAAGCUGAAGCUCACACCCACCCAUGUCGACCCCAUACCCUCCACCACAUCCGAUCGAGCCUCCGUAUCCAUCGGAUCCACCUCGUUCCCCCUUUCCCCUCCCAACCAAGACACCGAGCGGCUCCUCAACCAAGCCACCACCCUCGCCAAGCCCGCCCGGCGGCUUCGAUCGGAUCCGGAACCGGUCUCACAGAGCAAGCGCAAAGUCCACGCGGAGAGCGUCGAGUCCAAGCUGUCGCGCAAUGCCUCGGCUCCUCCCGCUCCCGACCAGCCCGCCUCUAUCCCCACCGCGGACCUCACCCGCACUACAUCCCUCACGGCGAAACAAGGCCUCGGCCGGCCAGAGAUGAGCGAGAUGCUCAAGCUCCUCGCUCAGCCCUCCGACACUUCUUCAUCAUCCUCCGCUACGCCUACCUCUCGCUCUACCAAGCCCCUCCGCCGCGCUCGCCCAUCCGGAGCCAGCGGGGCCUCAUCUCGCCUCCGCACGUCCAUGGCGUACUCGCCCGCGGCUGAGCGGGACGUUUCAGAAGUAGGGGAUACGACGACAGAUACCAACUUCCGUUUCUCCCAUUCCCCACCCCCGCAACAGUUUCAGCUGCCUGAUGGAGGGUAUGAUGAGAGCGUGAGGAUCAACUACGUAGAUCCGGUGGCGGAUAGGGAGAAGAGAAAGUUGUUGGAGUCGAUACGGAAAGGGGCGGCCGCUGCGGAGAAGGCGAGAACUGCGGAGAUGAGUGGGAGAGGAGGGGAGGAGGGGGUGCCGGAUAAGGAGAAGGUCAAGAAGAGGCGGAAAUGA